ACUAACCAUUUAGGAAUCUUCCUGAGGUUUUACACGCCAUUCCGGCAUUACAACAUGCUGAAUUAAAGAAUAAUUUGCUCAUUUAAAUUAAUAUUGUACUUAAUUUUUCAUCAUGACGGACGCUGGCUUCUUUAAGGGAACGAGUGCUGAUCAAGACAAUCGUUUCUCGGACAAGAAGAAGAAGCUUAUGAAGCAAAUGAAAUUUGCUGCUAAUCUCGAAAAGAAGGUCGAUAUGGUUCGGGUAAAGUUGGACACUAUAAAACCAUGGAUUACCGAUAAAGUUACGGAAAUUCUUGGCAUGGAGGAUGACGUAGUUGUUGGUCUAACAAUCAAUCAAUUGGAAGAAAAUAGAUAUCCAGAUGCAAAAGACAUGCAAAUAAAUCUAACAGGAUUUUUAAAUGCAAGAAAUGCUCGAAUAUUUAUGAGUGAACUGUGGGACCUGAUGUUGACAGCUAUGGAGUCUCCGAAUGGCAUUCCAGAACAGUUUGUUGAGAAAAAGAAGAUUGAACUAUUGAAAAGGCAAGAGGAAGAAGAUAAGAUUCGUCAGAGCUUAAAGGCAAAAGAGGAAGAGAUAUCUAAAGUAUUGUUAACAAAUAAAGGUUCUGUUAUUAAAGAAGAGAACUUACCGGAUUUAAUACCCAGUGAUAUUAAAAAAUCGACGUCACCGGAAGCUGCAAAGUCUCGCUCUAGAUCGAGCUCCAGAAACGUCGAUCAAGAUCGCCUCGGAUUAGACGCCGCAGCCCACGUCGCCGUCCCUCACCUAGAGGAAGACCACGCCGCAUUAGCCGAAGCUAUUCGCCGAAAAGAUGGAGGCGAUCAAGAACACCAAGAAGGCAAUUUCCACCUCGUCCUCGCAAGAGUGUUAGUCGUUCUUCUUCGUCAUCCUCUUCCGCUAGUAAAUCUGUCAGAAAGAGGAGAUCUAAACGCUUUUCAAGAUCACCUCGUCGAAGAUUCAGUCCUCCCAGGAGAUCUCCAAGAAGAUCGCAUCGUACUCCAUCACCGUAUGCACGGAGAUAUUCACCGAGACGAAGAAGUCCCCAUAGGCGAUUUUCACCGAGAAGGGAAAAUAGACCGUCACCAAGAAGAAGAAGUCCAAGUUCUCCACGUCGGAGAUCAAAAUCACCAAGGGGCCGAAACAAAACGUCCGAGAAGCAGCUCUUCGGAAGAUGAAAAGCCCAGAAGGGUAGAAAAACUAUCCCCCAGACGAAGAGGGAGUCCAAGGACAUCACUGUCCGAGAGUAAGAAAAAAAAAAGUAUUUCACCAGACCGUCGCAUAAUAACCCUGGAGAAGAAAACUGAUGACGAUGGGGAUGCGGAUGGGGAUGCGGAAAAGAAGAAGAAGAAGAAAAAAGAAAAGAAAGAGAAAAAACAUAAGAAGAAAAGCAAGAAGAAAAAGCGUAGUUCAAGCCCGGAAGAGGCUAAUCCAAAAAAAGAGCUUGUUGAACUUGAGAAGGUUCUCAGAGAAAAAGCAUUGCAAUCGUUGAUACGUAAGCAAGAAGGAAAGAAAACACCGACGCUUUAUAGCAGUGAGGAGUCCAAUUAA